AUGGUCACCGACGACUGGCCGCAGUUCCGCAAGGACAUCCACUACUCCGACGACUCCAGACUAAACACGCUACAGACAUGUAUCCCGCGCCCGACUUCUGCCAAGGACUCCUCCCGAAUCUGGGUCCUCUACGUUCACGGCGGCGCCUGGUUCGACCCCGACCAAAACGCCUCCACCUUCGAUAAGGCCCAGGACAUAUUGCUCAGAUCCCCAAUCGCCGAGUAUAUUGCUGGUUUCGCUUCCAUCAACUACCGUCUCUCACCCGCCCCUUCGCACCCAACAAACCCCUCCAACCCUGCAGACCCGGCUAGGAAUGCCAAGCACCCGGACCACAUCAACGAUGUCCUGGCUGCAAUUCUACAUCUUCAGGAGACUUACCGCUUUCAGGACCGCUACGUUCUUGCAGGCCACUCAUGCGGUGCAUGUCUCGUACUCCAGGUGGCCAUGAAGCGAUUUUGGGGCUCGCAGUAUGAAUCGACCUUGGCGCUAGAGCUCAACGUCACUCCUCCACUUGCUAUUGUCGGGAUCGAGGGACUGUACGAUCUUCCCGCUUUGGUGAAAAACCACAGCAAUCAGCCUUUGUACAGGAAUUUCACGGAGAGCGCGUUCGGUGCGGACCAGAAUAGCUGGGCGCCUGUGAGUCCGACGCAUUCCAAUCUGAACGAGACCUGGCAGGAUGGGAAACUGGUGGUUCUGGCACACUCACGUUCGGAUGAGCUGGUGGAGUGGGAGCAGCCUGAGCUGAUGAUGAAAUCACUGAAAGCCCAAGCCUUCAAAGACUCUGGCGACCGGAGAUUCAAGCUGAUGGAACUCCACGGAACACACGACCAAGUGUGGAAAGAGGGUAAGGAGGUGGCCAACGCCAUCGAAUUCACAAUCAGGGAAGUUUUGAAGAUGAAGUGA